GGUGACAGGAAGCAGAGAAUCUCUGGUUUCAGAUAUAGAAUGUUCCCUUUUCCCGAACCUCACUGGUCACUGGGUGGGGACAAAGGUCCACAGAGGUGGCCCCAUUACAGCCGUACACUGUUGACUUUCCUUGAACACCAGACCUCGCAUGGCCUUCAGAGGACACAGAUGUCCCCUCUCUUCUCUGUUGAUAUUCUCUGAGCCCCUCCUGGGCACCAGCUGCCACGCCAGAAGCUGGGAACACAGUGGAGACCCAGCAGCCUAGCCUGCCCUCAUGGAAUUCAUGGUCUAGUGGGGAGACGGGAGUUAGCUGGGCCUUCCUGAGGUGCCGCCGACGGCACGGCCAGGCCAGCAUGGUGGACCACUUGAUGCCAGUGGACGAGACCUUCUCGUCGCUGAAAUGCCCUAUUGGCUAUCUGGGCGGCAGGCUGGCCAGUGGGCGGGCAUACCACAGGCUGCCCUCGCCCCUCUCAGAGGAUGACAGCGACGCCUCCAGUCUCUGCUCCUGUGCCAGCCCAGACUCACAGGCCGUCUGCUCCUGCUACGGUGGUGGCCCGGGUGCUGAAGGCCAGGACAGCAUCUUGGACUUCCUGCUGUCCCAGGCCACACUGGGCAGUGGUGGUGGCGGUGGCAUCGGGGCCAGCAGUGGUCCCAUGGCCUGGGGGGCCUGGCGGAGGGCACCGGCACCUGGGAAGGGAGAGCAUUUCUGCUUCCCUGAAUUUCCUGUGGGCGACCCCGAUGAUGUCCCAAGGCCCUUCCAGCCCACCCUGGAGGAGAUUGAAGAGUUUCUAGAGGAGAACAUGGAGCUGGGGGUCAAGGAAGCCCCAGAGAGCAAGAGCAAGGACUCGGAGGCCUGCGGCCAGUUCUCAGCAGGGCCCCAUAGGAGCCACCUCCAUCCUGGGUCCGGUGGGAGAGAGCGCUGCACCCCCCCUCUGGGCAGUGCCAGUGUGGGUGGCAGCCAGAGCCCAGGUGGGGGGCCCGCAUCUGAUGGCCCCGUCCCCGUGCUGCUGCAGAUCCAGCCUGUGCAGGUGAAGCAGGAAUCAGGCACGGAGCCUGCCUCCCCUGGGCAGGCCCCAGAAAGUGUCAAGGUGGCCCAGCUUCUGGUCAAUAUCCAGGGUCAGACCUUUGCACUUGUGCCCCAGGUGGUGCCCUCUUCCAAUGUGAACCUGUCCUCCAAGUUCGUGCGUAUCGCCCCUGUGCCCAUCGCUGCCAAGCCCAUUGGGUCGGGACCCCUGGGGCCUGGCCCCACCGGCCUACUCAUGGGCCAGAAGUUCCCCAAGAAUCCUGCAGCAGAACUCAUCAAAAUGCACAAAUGUACUUUCCCCGGCUGCAGCAAGAUGUACACCAAAAGCAGCCACCUCAAGGCCCACUUGCGCCGACACACAGGCGAGAAGCCCUUUGCCUGCACCUGGCCGGGCUGCGGCUGGAGGUUCUCCCGCUCGGACGAGCUGUCGCGGCACCGGCGCUCGCACUCGGGCGUGAAGCCCUACCAGUGUCCUGUGUGCGAGAAGAAGUUCGCGCGGAGCGACCACCUCUCCAAGCACAUCAAGGUGCACCGCUUUCCCCGGAGCAGCCGCUCGGUGCGCGCAGUGAACUGA